AUGGAGUUAGCCAAUAUGCGUGAAAAAUUUAAUAAAUCAAUUGAUUUAUUAUUGCUUAAAAAGCAUGACAACAAAUCAUUUUUAAGUGUCGAGGAAUAUAACAAACGGCAGCAAGAAGUAAAACAUUCCAAAACUUCAUUGAAUACACCAGGUUUAAAGAAAAUUCCUAAGGAUUAUAAGAAUGUUCGUAAGUACGAUGUAAUAACAAUAAGUGGAAAAGAGUAUCUUAUUAAAAGUGUAAAAGAUACUGCAUCUAAGGUAAUUAACUAUGUAACUAACGAGGAUUUAUUUGAUAUUCUAAAUACAUGUCAUACUUCUAUUGGUCAUGGUGGUCGAGAUAGGAUGGUAUAUGAACUUAAACAAAAAUAUUGUAAUAUUACAAAAGAAGCCAUUAUGACGUAUUUGAAACUUUGUAUCCACUGCGAGAAAAAAUCGUCUAAUCCAAAAAGAGGACUAGUUUCCAAACCUAUAUUACAUAAAGCAUUUAAUUCACGUGCGAUGAUCUCAUAG